GCGAACCUGCGCGCCGGGGGAAAGAGGCUCGGAGAGCGGCACGCGCGAGAGGAGCCCCGCUUCCCGCCUGCAGCCGCCCCGCGCCGCCCGCUGCCAUGUCCGUGGCCGGGUUCAAGAAGCAGUUCCACAAGGCCACCCAGCUCACUGAUGGCAGAUAUUAAUCUCUUGACAGUCAAUUGUCCCAUGCAGUGAGGAAGUCAGUGCUGAUCUUAUGAAUCCAUCAUCCACGAGAAACAAACUUUUCCAUCAUGAACAUCCCUGACACUUUCAGGAAGAAAGUGAGUGAGAAGGUUGGAGGUGCAGAAGGAACUAAGCUUGAUGAUGACUUCAAAGAAAUGGAAAGGAAAGUAGAUGUCACCAGCAGGGCUGUGGUGGAAAUAAUGACCAAGACAGUAGAAUAUCUUCAGCCAAACCCAGCUUCCAGAGCUAAACUCAACAUGAUCAACACAAUGUCAAAAAUUCGAGGGCAGGAAAAAGGACCAGGCUACCCUCAGGCUGAGGCCUUAUUGGCGGACGCUAUGCAGAAAUUUGGAAGAGAACUUGGCGAUGAUUGCAACUUUGGCCCAGCCCUUGGUGAUGUUGGGGAAGCAAUGAGAGACCUUUCUGAAGUCAAAGAUUCUUUGGAUAUUGAAGUGAAGCAGAACUUCAUAGAUCCCCUGCAGAAUCUCCAUGAUAAAGAUCUGAGAGAAAUACAGCACCACCUAAAGAAAAUGGAAGGUAGACGCCUGGAUUUUGAUUACAAAAAGAAAAGACAAGGCAGGCUCCCUGAUGAUGAGCUACGCCAAGCUCUGGAAAAAUUCGAUGAAUCCAAAGAAAUAGCUGAGUCAAGCAUGUUUAACCUUCUGGAGAUGGAUAUUGAACAAGUGAGUCAGCUUUCUGCUCUCGUACAAGCUCAGCUGAAAUACCACAGACAGGCCACAGAGAUUCUACAGCAAGUGACUGUCAAGUUGGAAGAGAGAAUAAGGGACGCAUCAUCACAGCCCAGAAGAGAAUACCUGCCAAAACCCCGCAUGAGUUUGGAGUUUUCCAGUGGUGAAAAUACCCAGUACAAUGGAGGGAUAUCCCAAACCGGCACCCCUAAACCAACAGGUGUUCCAAUGGAUCAGCCAUGCUGCCGUGCUCUGUAUGAUUUUGACCCUGAAAAUGAAGGGGAAUUGGGCUUUAAAGAGGGUGAUAUCAUUACCCUCACUAACCAGAUUGAUGAAAACUGGUAUGAAGGGAUGCUUCAUGGCCAGUCAGGCUUCUUCCCUAUUAAUUAUGUGGAUAUUCUGGUACCUUUGCCCCAUUAGGAUGGCUGACUCUCCACCUCUUGACCCAGACAGAUAUAUUGAUACCACUGCUUUCAAAAUGCUGCUUACUACACCUCACAAGAGCAAACUGCAGUGGUUAAAGUCAUCGAGUCCCACUGAGCAUCUUUGGUUUACAUGUUGUCAUGCGGCAUAGUGGUGAUGUGUGGUAUCUUCUGAGGCAGCGCAAUGUGGAAUUUGGAUUUGUACACUAUGGUGUGCCAGCUCGCAGUAACCAGAACCAUUGUCUGUAUGGUAUUGGGAAAACAAUGGCAAGCAAAAGUGAUGACUCACAGUGAAGUAGAGGAAAGCAAGUGUGUUAAUGAGAAGAUAAUGCCUAUCACCACUGUAUUAUUUUUAAAUCUUAGUUCUU